CAGAUACCUAAAGCGCUUAUAUAUUGUGAUUUAUAUCAGAUAGUACAGCCUCAUUGUUGAUAAUGGACUCUAUUAUUCGUUUUAUCCCCACUGAUGCGGAACAACAGCACCCUUUGGCGCGUGAGUACAUAUGUAGCGCGGCGACAGUGGCAACACCAGACCCUCAGUCCACACAGAACAGUCACGGUCAAUCGGGUUCCAACUGGGGUAUAGAAGAAGUGAAUGCGGUUCGAGCUAUUCCGAUAGUCAACGUCGAUCCAAAACGCAUUGUCCCUGAGGAAUAUUUCCCAAGGAGUGAUAACCAACACUUUGCGAAACUACGCAGGGCUAUCCGAGAAGCAGAUAUAGAUGCGCUCAAAACGUACAGCACCGAGAGCUUUAAGGGGAAUCCAUACAAGCUACUAUUCGAAGACCUUUCGGAGCUGAUCACAACAUAUACCUCUGAAGAGUCAAUUGGUAAUGCCCAUCGAAGACAAACCAGUACCAGCUCAGUCGAGACAGAUCUUUCCACUUCCAGCAACGAGGGCAAAGGUGAGGCUGUUAGUGUUACUGCUCUCAGGAACUUUAUCAAGGCUACAUUACCUUCCAUGCGAGGUCUGGCCAAGUUGCCUAUCCAGGGACCUGUGAAACCAUCUUUGAUGUGCUAUAGCAACGCGAAUCGAUUUGAGUGGAUGCUAGCAGGAGUCAAAUAUGUGGCAAUCAACGAUGGGAGUGUGGGGGUUAACUUUCGAGGUUACUUCUCUGGGUCCAAUAGAUUCCCGAUGAUACCCGUGGCCGGCCUAGAGUGCAAACCAAGACAUGCCGGUGGCAUAAAACGUGGGUCCGGAGAGCCAAAAAACUUCAUUCUGGAGAUAUUCGCCCAGGAAGUCGCACAGCUUCUAGGGAAUAUGAUCGCUCAAAGAUCAGAGCUCAAAAACCUUGGAGGACGGAGAUCUCUCCUCAGAGACCAACAUGAGGACCAGGAAGCUUUCGUCCUCAGCAUGCACGGAACGCUAUUUUAUGUUAGCACUGCGUAUUUCUCCCCGGAGUAUAUCCAAUACAUCGAGGGAAAUGAGCUUACGGAGCUGAGCGUGGACAAUAUUUUUCUGUGGGUGAAACAAUCCGUCCAUUUUGAUCUCAAAGAUAUCGACCAGCGAGUCAAAGCCUUGGAAUUUCUAUGGGCACUCUUGGGUUAUAUUGCAAGCGGAGAAGCAAAGAUGAACAACGUGACAGCGGCAAUCACUGCGAUGCACGGUUAGUACUGAUGUUUGACUUGCCUUUGAAAACUUCUGGAAACCAUUCGAGGACAAAGAGGUUUUCAAUUUGCUUGGUUUCCUUUUCCUUUUUUUUUCUUUCUUUUUCUUGCUUUCCG